AUGGGCACGGGCAGCAGCAGCUGCAGCCCUGCCCGGCGCUGGAGGAGACCGCGGCGGGGCAGCGGGAGAGGGAGCGGCAGCGCCCCCGCCAGGCCGAGCCAGGAGAGGGCGGAGGCGAGGACCAGCGGCAGCCCCACGCCCGCGCAGGCGCCUCGGCCGCCGCUAGGGGAGCCCGACUCGGACUCGGAGCUGCUGGACCAAGUGCUGGCGGAAUGCGACGCCGACGGCACGCCGCGCUUGCCCCUGCCGCCCCGCCACUCCUUCUCCAGCCCGGCAGGGGGCGCCGAAGGGGACCAAGCCCACGGGGAUCCGCAGAUUUUAUCAACAAGAGCCAUCCUGGCUUUGGAGAACAGUAACUACAGCAACAACCUCCCACUCAAGACAGUGGAGAGGAAGUCCAAGACAUCCUACGACUAUUCUGAAGAGGAGAUGAUGGCAGCGAUUGAACAAGAAUAUGGUCGCUGA